AUGAAGCUAUCAUCAAUUGUCACUUUCUGUGUCUUGGGACAUCUGGCAAGUGCCGCUCCCUUCUUUCAUCUCAAGAGAGAAGCUGAUCCAAAAAUGGUUGUCGUGACCCAAACGGUCAAGAAAACCGUUGUCAUCACUCCCGGUGCUACUCAGGCGGUGGGCGGCGUUCAGAGCGCAACCUCUACCAGUACUCCUGUUUCUACAACAUCCACGGCAGCCUCAGACGACGACAACCUUGUUGGAACUUUCAAUGUUGAGGUGUCUUCAAGCUCUUCAACUACCCCAUCCGAGACCAACGAUGCUCAGCCAAGCUCCACCAUUUCUCCAACUACAUUAAGCACUUCCUCGCCAACACCAACUCCAACAGAGGCCUCCUCGACCACCGAAUCAUCUGCAUCUUCCACAUCUGCCACUUCGACCACUUCUUCUAGUUCGUCUGAUUCCUCGAGCUCGGACUUCCAGGAGGCAAUCCUUAAAGAACACAACGACAAGAGAGCUUUGCACGGCGUUGAUGCCCUUACGUGGGACGACACUCUUGCCCAGUAUGCUCAGAAUUAUGCUGACGAGUACGAUUGUUCCGGAGUUUUGACUCACUCCGGAGGAAAGUACGGUGAAAAUUUGGCCCUAGGCUACACCACCACCGGUACCGUGGAUGCGUGGUACGAUGAAGGAGAGAACUACAACUAUGGUUCAAGCUGUUCUGUUUACGACCACUUCACCCAAGUUAUCUGGAAGUCGACAACGAAGGUUGGAUGUGGAUACAAGCACUGCAACGAUUACUGGGGAACUUACAUAGUAUGCUCCUAUGACCCUGCAGGAAACGUGAUUGGUGGUUGUGCCUCCAACGUUCCUGCGCUUUCUUCUUAG